AUGGAAUUUUUGACGCAAAUUGAUACAUUUAAGAUUGUGAAAAUGAUUGUGCUGUCCAAUAUAUUUCGCGGUAAUCAUCUACAAAACCAAAUGGCAAAUGAGAUUAAUGUUACCGACAAAGAGAACUCGCGGCCGAUCUCACAAAGUUCGUUGCGAUUGAAAAAGAAAACAAAAACUGUGGACAAUAUAAAUGACACUGUAGCUAACGGAUUAAAGAAAGUGAAUAGUGAAAAGUGUAUAUCGAAUAGUGUCGACACUCUCCUCACACAUAGGGAGGGAAAGGAGAAAGUGAUAUGUAGUGCCAAAGGUCUUUUAGAAACUAAUUUAGAUGAUAUUUUUAAUGAUGUCCAUGAUGCAUGGAAUCAACCAAAGAGCUUGGGAACAAGCGAACCUAUAUUGAGAUUUAACGAUAGUAGUAGUGCGGGUAAUCGAGAGUCCUACUUGUCUGAAGAGAGUGAGGAUACGUCUGUCAGUGACUGUACAGAUAUUGAUGCGCGGGAGCAAAGGAAAUGUAUGGGAGCACGACGCUUUGGCCAUUUGCUAAGGAGGGUCAUAUCGAGAAAUGAGUUUCUACGGGAAAAUUCCGUACAAUUGAUCGAAGAUUCAAUGGAAAGAUCGAGAUGA